UGACAGCUUAUCGUCGAUGCAGGCUAUGGUGGCAGUGCCUGUGACCUGUCCAUUUAUGGACAAGCACGCUUACCCUUGGUCCUUCUACCUAUUGGAGGCCUAUAUUAUACUCAUUAAAAGAAGGAGAGCUGAAUCAAUCUUCGCUAAACUUCCAAAGUGAAAAUUUACCUCAGAUUACACUACAUUGUAUCCUGUAAAAAUGCGGUUAAUAAAUACCAGAGACUAUAGAAUGGAGGAAUUCUUCGGCGACCAAAUACCGAUAUACGCCAUUCUCUCUCACACGUGGGAAAAGGGAGAGGUGACAUUCCAAGAUUGGCAAAAUAUUGAUUCUUCGUCAAUCCGCAAAAAGCCUGGGUUCAAAAAGAUCAAGGCGGCAUGCCGACAGGCAGUAACGGACGAGUUGGAUUGGCUGUGGGUUGACACAAACUGUAUUGAUAAGAGCAGUUCCGCAGAAUUGACUGAGGCGAUCAACUCUAUGUUCGUUUGGUAUCGAGAUGCGGAAGUCUGUUACGCAUACCUACAAGAUGUCCCAUCUACAGGUCUUCGCAAUGGGAAAAUCAUGUCUUCGUUCGAGAAGAGCAGAUGGUUUAGUCGAGGUUGGACGCUCCAAGAGCUUCUCGCGCCUAAGCAAGUUAUAUUCUACACGGAGGAUUGGAUGAGAAUAGGGUCAAAGGCAGGGUCUCUAAUAUCCAAAAUAGCCGCAAUAACUGGCAUUGAUGAGAUGUACUUGGAUGGCUCCAUGAACCUGAGCGCAUCUAGCGUUGCAAAAAGGCUAUCAUGGGUGGCGGACCGAAAGACGACUCGAGUCGAAGACAUCGCAUACUGCCUAUUAGGUAUCUUUGAUAUAAACAUGCCUCUUCUAUAUGGGGAAGGGAUAAAAGCCUUUACACGACUUCAACAUGAGAUUAUCAAAUCCUCAAGCGACCAUACCAUUUUCUGCUGGACAUGGAACGACGAUGUACCGUCCGACUGGGUGAGCAUGCUAGCUCCGUCUCCAAAGCACUUCUCCGACUCGGGAGAAUUUGUUAGGAAAUCUGGAGUCACCAGGCUAAAACCAUACUCAACGACGAAUGUCGGACUAUCAAUACAAUUACCAGUUGUUUAUAGCUGUCGCAUUAUAUAUGCUAUUCUCGAUGUAGGCAAGGAAUCCGGAGAGCAUUACGAAUACGUCGCGAUCCCUUUAAGGGCGGUUCGUUCGCGUAACCAAUUCGAUCGAUGCUAUUUUCCCGAAGCCCCUAUUUUAAUAGAUCGACCACUACUUUCAGGGCGACAUAAACAUUCCGGGGGGUCCAGUGGUGAACAUCUCAUAGUGCGAUCCAUCCAUGACGGGCCGGGACAGAGUCCAACUUCGCUUCAACUCAGCCGUUACAAUAUGCUUAUUCUAGUGGACUUUGAAUCCCUUUUCUUACACAACAAAGGAAAAUCUUUGUCUUCAACAAGCAGAACCGAAUAUUUUGAACUCGGAAUUCGCGACUUCGGCUUUGGUCCCGCUCGGGAUGCGGUCGAAGCAACCGCUAUGAUCGGCCUGACCAAAAUAGCGGACGAACCUUCUAUAUAUGCAACAGUUGCUCGGAUCAGGAAUACGAAAACACAAUACUCCGCCGAUAUUUUAUUUGUAGUCAAAGAGGGGUCGAGAGGUGCCAGUUUCUCCAACUGGAUCUGCCAGAUCUCUCCUAACCGCCACCGCGGUAGUAACGAAGAAAGCUCUUCAGAAACUUUAAAGAAAUCCGUGUUGAAGACAAUCGAGAUUUUUAAGGAACGGGCCAUGUUCACGCAGACAAGAGAUAUAGCGGAAGACGCGACCUGGUGUGUCAAACUAGGGGGGACCGUGCUGGCAAAUGAUAAUUCCGAGAUCCGUAUCGUUCGUAUAUGUAAUGGCCAGGACUUUUACGACGAAGAAAACUUUGGCAACGAAACGAUGUCGGAUGCAGAUGCGGUCGAGAGUUCAAUUGCUAUUUCGAAAGCUAAGGUUAAAGGGAUGAUGAAAUUACACAACUUCUCUUAAGUAAUUGAUCAGUUAAUUCUAAUGAGCAUUACUUCAUUACUCAUCAAUACUUGCAUCUGGGUAAUUACCUAAUCAUUUAAUAAUCCACUGCUACCCAAAUCAUGCAGCGUAGAAGUUCUCAAACGCCACCGGCUGCGCAACACCUGUUUCUACUUCCUGAUUUGAAUGACUAAGGAAUGAUUAAGGGACGAUCAGGGAAUUACUAAGGAAUUACAAAGGAAAUAUUACCUAAGCCCUGAGGUUACACAGUGUUACUAAGAUAUUACGAAGAUAUUACUAAGGC